AUGACUGUCCUCAAGGUACCUCCCGCGAUCCAGGAACCGAUUACUGUCCGGCCCAACACCCAACACCGUCACUCUGGCAGCGUAGCCGGCUCGCUGCCCAAGUCGCGGCCACACUCGCUCUCCACCGGCACCAUAAACCCGGCGCAUCGCGUCACCCGCAGAAAGAGCAUGAGCUCGACGGCGGCCAGCAACGUCGCGGCUAUGGCUGCCGCCGCCAAGGGCACAAUAGGCGCGCCGCUCGAGGGCAGCAGCAGUAGCAGCAGCAGCUCGCGGCGCCUCUCCAAGCCUGCGUCGCAGUUCCGGGGCCCCGCGCUGGCACUGCACCCCGAGAUGGCGUCGAGCAUGCCUGGCAAUGGCUCGCCGUUCCGCCCCGGCAGCUACAACCCAGCGGUGCACAGCGAAGCCAUCACCGACGGUCCUACGCUGGCGUCUAUGCCCGAGCACGAGAAGGGCAACUCCAAGUCGCGGAACCGCCGCGCGAGCGAGGGCUCACGUCUGUCCAAGGGCGACGGCAAGCGCGCAAGUGGUAGCGAUCUGAGAUGUGAAAAAUGUGGGAAAGGCUACAAGCACAGCAGCUGUCUGACGAAGCACCUUUGGGAGCACACGCCGGAAUGGCAAUACACAUCUAAGCUGCUCAUCUCCAAGCACCAGCAGGUGCAGCUGCUCGAGGCCGCGUCGGUCCUCGUUGCCAUGAACAAGGAGAGCGAUGCCGGCGAUAGUGACCACUCGUCCGUAUCGCCCCCGGCCUCGGGCUCAUCCGACCUGCGCGACGAAGUGAGCUCCACUGAAACUACCCCGCCCCCGCAAAUCGAGGAUCAUGCCGUAGGCUCCUACCCGCAUUCUCAUUUCGGCCACCGCUCCAUCAAGCGAUACUCCGGCAACAGCUCGGCUUACAGCCAGUCCUACCAGUCUGCCGUCUUUUCCGACAACGGAAACGGCCACCACUACCGCCAGUGGAGCAACGUGUCUGACCGUCCCACAACAUCAGGCACGUCUGUUGCCGGCUCCUACCACGAUGAUGGCAAUGACCACGCUGACCUUGCUGCCGCCGUCGGCUUGCUGAGCUGCUCUUACGGCACGCCCAAGUCGGGUCCCUCAGGCCUCCCUGCCGAUGUGCCACCCGUGCCCCCGCUGCCUGCCAAGUUCCUUGAAUUUAACCAAGGCCAGUCUCUGUCGGGCAACACCACCGUAACGCCCCAGCAGUCGAGUAUGCGCAACAGCUAUCGCUACCACAGCGAGAGCAAGGACGUUGACAUGGACGACGAUAACUUCGCCGACGAGGAAGACUACCGUCAGUCAAACUCGCGCAGCCGCGGCCGCAUCGAUGAGGACGACGAUGCCUUCUUUGGGAGGAUGGAGGAGUAG